AUGAGCCUAAUGAUCAUUAAGCAUGGCAUCCCAGAGGUGUUUAGGGGUACUAUUUCUGAAGACAUAACAAGUGCCAAAGAAUUCCUUGUUGAAAUCAAGAAGCGCUUUGCAAAAAGUGAUAAGGUGGAGGCAAGCACUCUUCUUCGGAACUUGAUCUCCAUGAGAUAUCAGGGCAAAAGGAAUAUCAAAGAAUACAUUAUGAGCAUGUCUAAUAUUGUCUUUAAACUCAAGGCAUUAAAGCUUGAAAUCUCAGAAGACUUGCUCAUUCAUUUGGUGUUGAUUUCUCUUCCUGCAUCGUUUAAUCAGUUUGAGGUAUCCUAUAAUUGUCAAAAGGAUAAAUGGUCUCUUAAUGAGCUCAUCUCACACUCCGUGCAAGAAGAGGAAAGACUAAAGCAAGGCAAGAGAGAAAGUGCUCAUUUUGCAAGCACCUCGAAGGCUAAGGGCAAAGGGAAGAGAUCGGAUGAUUCCAAGAAGGAAGCUGCUAAGGGUCCAGAACAAAAGAAACAAACUUAA